ACCGGCCAAGUGAUGCACAGCUUCGAGGAGAGAAGCGCGCUGUCGGAGCUCUCCCACGUGUUGAGGCAGCCGGCCUUUAUCGCGGGCAUCGGCGCCACCUGCUGGGCGUUCCUGAUGGUGUUCAGCGUGUGGCUCUACCGCCACCGCAAGAAGAGGAGCGGCCUCAGCAGCAGUUACACCGGCAUCCGCAAGGUUCCCUCGUUUACCUUCACGCCCACAGUGGCUUAUCAGAGAGGGGAGACGGUGUGCAGCGCUGGGAGGCCUGGACACAUCAACAUGGGUGACCCUCUGAACCAGCUGUGGCUGGCUGAUAACUGGCCCAACGGCGGCGCCAGUCACAAGGAGCGCAGCGCCAACUGCUGCAACAAUGCGGACGGGACCGGAGACGGCGGCAUGAUCACCUACAGCCGGCCAGCGGACUGCAUCGCCAACUACGGCAGCCACCUGGACCCCCGCGGCGGCGGCGGGCAGGAGGACAUGCUGGGCUCCGACAACGCCAUCUACAGCGACCUCAACCUCGGCGCCGUCAGCCCCGGCGACGCCUUCGACGGCGCCGGCCUGUGCUACCUGGGGCCGGGCGGCGGGGGGGCCCCCACCUACGAGCCCGUCCCCUACGCCACCACCCAGCUCCUCCAGGCGGCCCUGCAGAGGCGGCCGGCCCCCCGGCCCCCGCUGGGCGCCCGCGAGUACCACCUGCUGGAGCAGAGCCGCGGCAGCAAGGAUAAUUUCGGCUGUGGUGGUGACGGAAUCCUCCAGAACACGAUGCCUUAUAAUGAGGUCAGAGGUCAGAUCUCCAACCACCUGGUGGAAAGAGUCAGUGUCAGUCCAAACCACAAGAAGGGCAGCAGGAACGCCACCAACGUCCCCAAGCAGAGUGCAGGGAGCUGGGCCCCCCCGGCCCCGCAGGACUGGGUGACAGACGAGUACUCCCUCCCCAUGGGGAAGAGUACGGAUCUCGACUCCCAGCGGCCGGCGGUCCCCAAGAGGAUGGUCCGUCACCAUGACAACCCCUCCCUGGACCAGGAGGAGGAGGAGGAGGAGGGGAGGAAGAAGAUGAUGAUGGUGAUGAUGAUGGCCGCGGAGAGGAAGGACGGCUGUCCCGCCCCGCCCGUGAGAGGGACGUCUUCCUCGUCCUUCGCUGGGGAACCUUCCCACGGCCCCCAGACGUCCACGGGGGUCCUGGUGCAGAUCGCUCAGGGGCCCCCCAGCCGGGAGGAGCCCUCUGCCAGGCACCGCAGUCUCCCUCCUCCCCCCCAGACCCUGAUGCCGACUCACGCCUACGCCUCCUCCCCCUCCCCCCCUCCCCCCCACCUGCUCCUGGAGGCCCAGGCAGCAGAGGAAGACCCUGACGAAGAGGAUGCUGAUGAGGAGGAGGAGGAGGAGGAGGAGGAGGAAGAGGCUGACUUUGAGCCGUCCGGCGGUCACCUCCACCAUCAUCAUCACCAUCACCCACGGCAACGCCGCGAGUCUCCGACGCCGCACCAACAUCAGCACCACGGCUCCCCGCACAGGAUCCAGCUGCGGGGGCUGCCGCCGACGCCAGGGGCCGGCGGCGCGGGGUCGGCGGGGGUCCACAGCUGGGGGUCGGCCUCCGAGGACAACCUGUCCUCCGCCCGCUCCAGCGUGGGCAGCACGUCGGAGGGGGCCCUGUUCACGGACCUGGAGCACCUCCACCCGUCGCUGGGGGCCCCCGCCGGAGGUCUGCAGCGGCCCCCCGAGGAGACAGGCCGCCGGCCGGUCAGUCCGUUAUCUACCGACGGCAACGUGAGCGCCGCCGCGACCCACAGACGACCCCGCAAACACAAACCAGCCGCCGCCGGUCACCACGGUUACCCGCCGACGGCGGCCGCGUUCUACGACGACUCCUGCCUCGUGCCCCCAGACCCCCCGGGGCCCGCGGCCCUGGGGGGGGGCAGGGCCCGGGGGGCCACCCUGCCUCGGAUGGGCUCCGGGGAGCCCAGGGGCCGCAGGGGCAGCUCAGGGGCCCAGAGGACGCCGGCGUCAGGGGAGAGAGGAGGCGGCCGGGGCCGACAGCAGCCAGCAGGUUCCGCGGAGCCCCUCUCCCAGCUCUCCAACGGCCCGUCGCUCCCAUCCAUCCCGCCUCCUGGGGGCCCAGACGUCGUCCUCUGCGCCGGGGCGUCAAGGACGGCCGACGCAGAGGUUCCUGCGGAGCUGGAGGCCUUCCAGACCCCUCUGGAGGAAGAGGAGGAUGAGGAGGAGGAGGAGGAGGAGGAGGAGGCGUAGGUGGGUUCACGCGCUCCUCCAGCGAGUGUCACCGUACGCCGCCGUGAUGUAUGGUGGAGACGCAGCUGCCAGUAGCGUGCUCCGGAACACCUUCAGCCUGAUGCUCCACACGCACUGAGUGUGUUUUAUGAAGGCAGGGCCGUGAGCCGACACGCAGGGACACACUCAGAGAGGAGGGCCGGGUCGCUACUGAGAGCUGAGCUAGGCUAGGAGAGACGGACGUGAUGGAAACAGUUAAACAAGCAGGGGACGGGCUAGGG